AGCGAAUCUUGGCCUAGAAAUGAGGGAAAACUAUUUAACCACGUCCAAAGUAAUAAAUUUGAGAAAAUCCCAAAAAUAUAUUAGUUUUAAAGUCUACUUUUAAUCAAUUAAUUAAUACAAUACAUAAUGGUUGCCACUAUUACUUCCAAGCAAGAAUUCACCGAUGCUCUUUCCCACGAGGGUUUGGUUGUUGUCGACUUCUUUGCCACCUGGUGUGGUCCUUGUAAGAUGAUUGCUCCAUUGUUGGACAAAUUCUCUAAUGAAUACCCAACCGCCAAGUUCAUUAAGGUUGAUGUUGAUGACUUUGGUGACAUUGCUCAAGAAUACGAAAUUUCUUCCAUGCCAACUGUUCUUUUCUUCAAGGGAGGUAAGAUCAUUAACAAGGUUAUUGGUGCUAACCCAGGUGCUUUGAAGCAAUUCAUUGCUGCUAACGCUUAAAUGUAUAGUACUAUAAUAUAAGUAAUAGAGAUACGAUAAAAA